UCUAGCGAGCGUCGAGCCCACCCGUCGGUCCCGUGUGGCAAAACGGCAGGAGACCACCUCAGCAUGGCUACGGAGAUGGAGCCCUCGGAUGUGAUCCGCCUCAUAAUGCAGUACCUCAAGGAGAACAACCUCUACCGAACACUGAGCACCUUACAGGAGGAAACAACUGUCUCGCUCAACACAGUGGAAAGCAUCGACAGCUUCAUCGCUGAUAUAAAGAGCGGCCACUGGGACUCCGUCCUGCUGGCUAUCGAGUCCCUCAAGUUGCCCGACAACACGCUCAUUGACCUCUAUGAGCAGGUUGUAAUGGAGCUCAUUGAAAUGAGGGAGGUGGGAGCCGCUCGCUCACUCCUCAGGCAAACUGACCCGAUGAUCAUGCUGAAGCAGACGCAGCCAGAGAGGUACAUCCAUUUGGAUAACCUGCUAACAUGCUCCUACUUUGACCCUUGUGAGGCGUACCUGAAAGGCAGCAGCAAGGAGAAGCGGCGCAGGGCGAUAGCCGAGGCGUUGGUGAGAGAGGUCAGCGUGGUGCCGCCUUCUCGCCUCAUGGGGCUUCUGGAACAAUCCAUGAGAAUACAACCAUAUGCAGAUCAUCUCCCCACCGACACGACCGUGGACACAUCUGUCCACAGAGACAGACAAACGGAGAAGGAGAGCUUUCCAACGCAGCUGUACCGCCACAUCAAGUUUGGCCGGCGGUCACAUGUCGAGUGUGCCCGUUUCUCUCCUGAUGGCAAAUACUUAAUCACUGGGUCGGUGGACGGGUUCAUUGAAGUCUGGAACUUUAACACUGGAAAAAUUAGUAAGGAUUUAAAGUACCAGGCCCAAGACAGCUUCAUGAUGAUGGAUGAUGCUGUGAUGUGUAUGUGCUUCAGUCAGGAUACAGAUCUACUGGCAACUGGAGCUCAGAAUGGCAAAAUGAAGGUGUGGAAGGUUCAGAGCGGCUUGUGCCUGCGAAGGUUCGAGCACGCCCACAACAAAGGUGUGACCUGUCUGAGCUUCUCCAAGGACAACACCCAGAUCCUCAGUGCCUCCUUUAACCAGACCAUCAGAAUUCAUGAUCUGAGAUCAGGCAAGACACUGAAGGAGUUAAACAGCCAUUCGUCGUUCGUAAAUGAUGCAUUUUUCACCCAAGAUGGAUUCCACGUCAUCAGUGCCUCAUCUGAUGGGACAGUCAAGAUUUGGAAUACAACUUCCUGCCAGUGCAUCCACACGUUCAAGUCUCUGUCCCGGGCCUCAGACGACCCCGUCAACAAUGUGAUUCCUCUUCCCCAAAAUCCAGAGCACUUUGUGAUUUGUAAUCACUCCAGCACGGUGGUCGUCAUGGACAUGAACGGACGGACGGUGAAGAGCUUCAGCUCAGACAGAAAGGAAAAGGCCAAUUUUGUGUGCUGCACCCUGUCACCCCGCGGGGAGUGGAUCUACUGUGUGGGAGAGGACUUAGUGCUGUACUGCUUCAACUAUACAACAGGAAGACUGCAGAAAACGCUGACCGUUCACGAGAAAGAUGUAAUUGGCAUCGCUCACCACCCACAUGAGAAUCUGAUCGCCACGUACAGCGAGGACGGCCUCCUGAGGCUAUGGAAACCUUAAAAUGUCUCCUGCAUCGUCAUAUGGAAGAUCCACAAAGCCUUACACAUGCUUAUGAAGCAAUUUGUUCACUUAAAGAUGACCUAAAUGGAUACAUUAAUCAUCCAUCAAUAAUUACUCACCACAACGUCCAUUAAGUAGCUCGUCUUUAGCUUUAGGCCAUAUCACGACCUUCAUCAGCUGAUAGAUUUGUCCAAUUGUCAUGGAAUUGCAAUGUUAAAAUGUACAGCAAUUACAUUUAUGCUGGUCAAUGUUGCCACACAAGCUGAGGUUCCAAAUUAAUUUUUUGAUUUGAAAAUCCGUUUUGAAAAUCCCAUGUCAAAUGGGCCAACUCCAUCUGGUGAUGAAUAUAAUGUGUUGUGGAUGAAAGAAGCACAACAACAGCUGCUUACCGGACCCUGUGGUGAAGUUGUUUCCUGAACUGCUGUUUGCAAAGGUCCAGAAUAGACUGGCAACCUCAGAUAUUAAUUGGUAUUUUUUUAAUAAAUGGUGAGAAUUUCUGCAAAUAAGGUGCUAGCCAGUGAGAGUGUUUCAUUUGACAGUAAGAACAAUCUAGAAUAUCACUUGAGUCUUUUGAGCAUAUUGUUAAUCUAUUUUAGAAACUAACUGGGUCUUAAUUAAUAUAUUUUUAUUACGUAGAAUGUGUCAGUUAUUUAUACAUUUGUUUUAUUGAUUGAUUGAUUUGUAAGGUAUUUGCUUUAUAGACAUUGGCAGCACUGUCUAGGUCCUCCAUACACACACACACACACACACACACACACACACACUCUUCCUCAUGGAUCACCUUCACCAGUGCCAUUUGAAUCCCCAUCUUAAUCUCUUCUGUCUUUAUGAUGAACUGUUGAGCAAAUAUUUUUUAUAGAAAAUGCCUCUUGUUUGGGCAUACACAAACAAUAUCAGGUAUAUCAUUUGUCAGCUUUGGUUAAUAAAAAUACUUUUGUAACUUUAAUUCAGAUGAAAUUACUUGUUUUGUCCUCUGUGUUCCCCGCAUGCUACCUCAGUGCACUGUAUAAAUGUGACUCUACAAUAACUUUAGUAGUCCUUAAUAUGCAUGACUAAUGAUAAA